AUGGCCCAAGGAGGUCAAGAAGCUUAUCGUUUGAACAGAGAUGGGGGCAGAGUGGCAGACCUCCUCCAAGGCACCAAGGGGGGUUGUUAUCUUACCAACCAGGUUGGCCAUUUUUGUCGAUCAGGCAAUGGCUGUGGCGAUGCAAGGUAUGACACACUUGAGAAGGAACUGGUGUUCGAGAGAAACAAGCACAAAAAGGAAACAGAUUAUCUGGUCAAGAGACUGCUCCAGGAACAGGAUGUUGUGAAGAAAUUGAAAACAGAUAAUGGCAGAAAGGAUGAUAUGUUAUUCGAUGUGAAAAAACACGCUCGAACUACAUUAGACAGCAAACUUAAGUCAUUAAGCAAUACAAUGCUAGAGAAGUAUGACAGUAAAUUGAAAAAGUGUAAGAAACACUACGAGGCAGAGUUGCAGGCAUUGAGGGGAAAGGUAGAUGACUCACGGGAGGAGUUGUGGACCACUAAAGAGGCGGCGCGGCGGAAUCUAGAGGAUAAGAUAUUUGAGCUAGAUAAUAAUUACAAGAAGAUGUUGUUUGAUGCAAUCUUAACGAAAGAAGAGGACCUGAAAAAGAUGUAUGAGAAAAAAAUGCAUGGACUGAAAGCGAGGUAUGAAAAGUAUGAACGAAACUCUGAGGAAGAGUUGAGAACAAUUAAAGAAUCGUGGGAUGAAUUACAAAGGGUACUGUUAAGGGGAAUGGAGGUGUCACCAAAUGAUGCCCUGCGCCUGGCUGCGGAGUUCUUCGAUGAGCACAUGAAGAAGUCCAGGGAGGACUGGCAGGCAAAGGAAGCAAGAUAUGAGGAUACAAUCAGUAGGCUUGAAAAAGAUGCCAAGGAUAAGAUCAGUGGGCUUCGGAAGGAUGCCGAGGAGAUGAAGAAGAGCCAGCAAAAUGAACUUAUGUUGAUGUAUGAUGGUUUGUUUGCUGAUCUUCAAAGGGAGAAGGAGGAACUGGAGGCACGUAUUAGGGUAAUGGAACAGGGCCAUCUGAAGGAAAGGAGUGAUGAUGCUAGGAGGAAGAAGGAGCUUCUGCAGAGAUUGGAGCAGUACAAGAACACUAUCAAGGAUAUAAAACGUUCAGCAGAAGCUAAGGAGGCCAAAUAUUAUAAUUUAAUGGAGACACUCGGCAACUUGGAGGAGAGGUAUGCAGCUGUGCAGAAACUUGAGAAACAGACCAACUGCUUGCAUGCCGACUUAUCGGUGGUGAAUACCAGUCCUAAAGUCUCCUCAUUCCACCGCCGACACAAAGGGCCACGAAAUCCGUCGAACACGCCAUCAUAA